AUGCCUCCACGACACCAAACACUUCCGGCGGCGCAGACCGCAGCCGCACGUGAAGCACAAAAGUCUUUCUACUGCCAGCUCUGCUCUAAGGGCUAUUCUCGGAUGAACGACUAUGAAGCUCAUCUCGGCAGUUACGAUCACAGUCACAAACAGCGCCUCAAGGAUAUGAAGGCCAUGGUUCGUGAUCCUAAUGCGGGCUCACGAGCUCGAAAGGCCGAGGCCAAAGCAGAUGGUCUAAUAAGUAUCAAACUCCCUGGCCAGGAAUCUACCACCGGUACUGGAGGCGGAGGUUUCAAGAAAGGCGGAUUUAAAAAGAGUGGCUUCAAGAGUGCUUUCACCAAAGUGGAGAGCAGUGGAUCAGGAUCAACAGCAUCAACUACUGAGAAACCCAAAUCGACUAAUGCUCUUGAGCCUGCACCAGUCAACCCUGGUCUCCAGAAGAACCUUUUGCCAGAAAGCGACACCGAAGAUGAGGGCUAUGAGGUCUAUGACCCGCGGUUUCCCACGGAUUAA